GAAGUCCAUGAGGUUAAAGUGCUAUUCAUCUGACAGCUUCUGCUGCACUGCGGAGCUGCUAUUGUGCGAUUGGGCAAAAAGCUGCUGUUUGUAACCGAAGCCAUUUGUUUCUGUGCUAGGCUUGCAGACUCUGGGCAAGAGGGUGUGAUGGCAACAGCAGUGGCAAGUCUCAUUAAUGUGCUGGAAUCGUACAGGGGCAGAGACAGAUUGAUGCGGACACUAUGUUACAGCUGCCAACUCCUAGGUGGGCUUAUGACACAGAAGAAUGGGGCAAGGCCGAAUUUUGGAAAGAGCCUUCUGAUUGUGGCUUCUCAGCUCAGCCACUGCAGGACUGUACUGCGUCUAUUUGAUGAUCUGUCCAUGCUGGCAUACUCCAUGAAGUAUGGCCUGGGAAAGAAGGAGAAAGACUGCCUUAUUCGGUAUAUAUCGGUGAUUGGUAACAUAGCAGAUCAGCUAUAUUACCCCUGUGAGCAUGUGGCAUGGGCUGCCGAUGCCGGUGUUAUACAUGCAAAGUCUGAAAAGUGGUGGACAGCCAGCACUGCGCUUUGGGGUCUCUCUCUCCUUUUGGGAAUUUUAAGGUCUAUUAGAAUUUUACACAAAUUAAGAAGGCACAAGGAAAAGCAUACUGGGAAGGAUCUUCCAAAAAGCCAGGGGGAAAUAAAAUUCCAAAUGAGAUCUGAGGUUUUGAACAUCAUCAGUUCCACCUCUGACUUGGCUAAUGCCAUCCACUGGAUGCCUCCUGGCUUCCUUUGGGGAGGGUGCUCACCAAACUGGUUUGUGGGACUACUAGGGACUAUAUCCUCAUUGAUCGGUAUUUACCAGACUGCUGUUGGAGGCAGUGCAGGAGGUGUAUGAGUCCAAAGAAAGACGAAAGCAAAAUGCAUUGACACGUUGAUCUUCUUAAUGUUUGAAUAAGAAAAGGAAAACUGUACAUAUACAUCGGACACUGCCUCACAGCCUGAGACAAGGAAAACAACUGUUUCACCAAUAUGUUUUAUUCGUUUCAUUUUCAUAAACGAUCCUUGCACUCA